AUGUACACAGCGGUUGAAACGGAAUUCGGGCUGAAUAUGCUCCGAAAUGCGCCCGUCAACGAUUCCCUGGUUGUGUCGCCAAUCUCUGUGAUUUUUGCCUUGGCGAUGGUCCACGCGGGUGCAAAAGGCUCUACGAAAUCUCAAAUCAGCUCCAUCAUUUCUAAAGGUUUCGUCCAAGGUUUCCUCCAACAAUCCUUAGGCCCCAUACCAGAGAGCGACAUCGAGGAGCACUAUUCGAAACUCUCCAGCCAGAUAAUGAAUGCAAGCCAUGGUGUGAAGAGCCGAAUAGCUAAUGGAUUUUUUCUGAACAAAGAGUUCCAAAUCGAAAAGGAUUAUGAGCAAGCUGUCGAAAAGAAGUACGGCGCUAAAGUAGAAGCACUGGACUUCGGCCAAGCAGAGGAGGCUGCUAAGGUCAUUGACGACUUCAUAAGUAAGACGACGGACGGAAAAAUCCAGGACAUGGUGAACGCAGCCACUGUUGAAGGUGCAUACUCACUUAUUGUCAACGCAAUCUAUUUCACGGCUGACUGGGCAUCGAAAUUCUACAGAAGCUCGAAUUCAAAUGGAACAUUCCACAGCGCCGAAGGAAUUGAAAGACAGGUAGAAUACAUGAAUGAUUACGAUGUGCACCGAUUCUACGCUGAAGACGACGACCUUCAAGUGCUUUCCCUCCAGUAUGCAGACACUUCGUUCGCAUUCAAUAUCUUCCUACCCAAAAUUAGGUGA